GGUUCAGUCCAAUUUAUUUUCCCCCUCUCCAGAAUUGGUAUCGUCCGAGGAGAAAGGAGGUGGUGAGGGGGAAAAGCCUGGCUUCGGGAUGUUGGUAGUGUCGCUUAGCAACAGAAAAGAGGAUGGAGGCGAGGCGAGGCACUGAAUCAGAGCAUGGACAAACUGCAGAAGAUGGGGAUGAAGAGCAGCUUGCAACAGACAAAGUGGCUGCCCAGCCAGAAGACCCAAGUGGUCCAAAUCCAGAAGAUGGAGUGGCCAUAGCUCCAGAAGACAGUAAUGCCAAGGAAGAAAUGAUAGAAAAUGUUCCUACGGCUGCUGGGGAGGAAGAGGCAGAAAGUGCCCCUACAGCUACUGUGGAGAAGGAGACAGAAGGUGUUUCUAUGACUGCCACAGAGGAAGGGGCAGAAGGUGCUCCUACAGGUGUUAAGGAAGAAGAUGCAGACAGUCUCCCUAUAGCUUCUGUGAAGGAAGAGGCAGAAGGUGCUCUUGUGGCUGCCAUAGAGGAAGAGGCAGUAGGUGUCCCUAUGGCUGCCAUGGAGGAAGGGACAGAAAGUGUUUCUUUGGUUGUCAUGGAGGAAGGGAUGGAAGGUACUCCUACAGUUGCCAAGGAGGAAGAGGCAGUAGGUGCCCCUAUGGCUGCCAUGGAGGAAGGAGCAGAAGGUGUUUCUUUGGUUGCCAUGGAGGAAGGGAUGGAAGGUACUCCUACAGUUGCCAAGGAGGAAGAAGCAGAAGGUGCUCCGAUGGCUGCCAUGGAGGAAGGUGCAGAAGGUGUUUCUUCGGUUGUCAUGAAGGAAGAGGUAGAAGGCACCCCAACAGCAAUCACAGAGGAGAGGUUCCCAGCAGAGAUGGGCGAGCCAAGCACAACAGGAGUGGGCGUUCCUGAAUUCACAGAGCCCUCCUUUGCAGAGGAGAGGAUUACCAUAGGCAGAAUUCCUUCGAGCUUGUAUGGUGAGGAAGAAGAAGUGAUCUCUUCUCCAUCUUCAUCAGCCAGCAGCCAGAGAUCUGAUUUACCCCUGCUGGUGGAGGUUAAAGAACAGCCAGCUGCCUUCCCUCCCUGUUCUGAAUCUUCUCUUCAGCUGAUGCCUCUACAGUUCAGUAGAAGUGGCCCUUUGGAAGAGAAUGAGGAGGAAAUGUUGCGUUUGGUUGAGCAGGUGACCGAAGGAAAUGAAGAGGCAGAAGAAGAAACACAACUGGUGGUGCUGGAUCCUGAGCAUCCUUUGAUGAAAAGAUUCCAAACUGCUUUAAAGACCUACCUCACUAAACAGAUUGAAAAGCAGAUGGAACAGCUUCGUGAGACGGCAGUUCUCAUGAAGAACAGGAAGAAAGAGAGAGAAGAACUUGGUGUGAUUUUGUAUGGAGUCCAGCAGCAGCUGGCCCAGCUGCAAAUGGACUUGGAGAAGAAUCACAGUUGUCAUAGUCAGAUCUCCAUGGUCCGCCGGCAGCUAGAGGAAGAGUUGCAAGACCUCAGGAACAUGUACAAGAAGACAUGCCACAGCACUGAGGAUGAACGGAAGAUAGUUUCAUCCAUGCAGACAGAGAUGGAAAAUUUGUCUCUGCGCCUGUUCUACAUGCAGAACAUGGACCAAGAUGUACGUGAUGAUAUUGCUGUAAUGAAGCGAACAGUGAAGAAGGCUGAGGUGGACCGGAUGCGUGCAGAGGUGGAAAAGCAAAAACAGGACCUUCAUGUUGACCGCUUAACAAGGACAGCCAAUGAGCUUCAGGAGCAGAUCGCUUUAUAUGAAGCACAACACAUAGCCCAGGCUGAAGACACCAAAAUCACACGGCAAGAAGUGGCAGAGGCAUGUACAGAAAUACAAUCUAUAAACCUAGAGAAGAAGCAAUUGCUGCAUCAGUGGGCUGUCAGCUUGACUGGGAUGAAGCGGCGUGAUGAGGCAUAUGCUGCCAUGCAGGAAGCACUAAGAGAAACCAGACACAAGCUUAAAUCUUUAGAGAUUGAGAUUGAAGUCUACAAGAAGUCCAUCUCUAAGGAAGAAGAGAGGAAUGAGCUGUUAGCCUCUAUCUUGCACCGCUCUGAGAAUGAUGGAAACACAAGCAGGAAAUUGAUAACUCAGAGCUUAGCUAAACAGGAUGCCAUGAAAGUGGAAUUUGGUACCUACACUCGUACCCUACAGGAGACAGAGCAAGCCCUCAAUCGAGCCAAUAUGGAUCGAGCUGCUCGCUUGAAUGACUUGGCUACCCUUCGUAGAGAGAUAGAAAAGGGAUCACAAAUCAAGCAGGAGCUGGAGAAUGAAAUUAUUGUCAAGCUUCAGGAUCAGCUGAUGUCUAACAAGGCAGCAAAAUACUUUUUACAACUGUCUGCUAAGCUUCAAAACAGAAUGAUGGAUUUGGAAAUGCAGUUCUCCAAAAUAGAGAAUGAUACAGCCCAAACUGCACUGGAUAUAACCAACACCACUUGCAGGCUGAAUACACUUCAGAAGACUCUUGCGGAGCUGGACAAGGAGAUGGAUGACAUGAAUGGGCAGAUCAGCCACAGCGAAUCUGAGAUUACCAGGCACAAUCUCUUGAUUGGGCGCAAACAAGGAAUAAUCAAUCUGUACAACAAGAAACUGGAAAUGAUGAUUUCCCAGCUGGGGGGACAAGAGUUGGGACCACUGGAACUUGAAAUCAAGAAACUGAGCAAGCAAACAGAUGAAAUGGACAUGGAAAUAGUGAAGAUGCAGAGGUUUUGGUUGAACCAGCAAAGGGAGUUAGUGAAGCUGAGUAAAGAGAGAGAAGAGCAGCUAGUAUCCUUGGACAUGCUGAAGAAAGAGAUCACAAUCAAGGAACAAAAGAAAGUGCGCACAGAGAAUGAAAUCCAGCAGGAAAAAAAUGAACUCAAGGACAUCGGGCGCCACAUGAAGAACAUGGCGAAUGAUUUGGAGAAAUUACACAUGUUGAUUUACAAGAACAGCGCAAGCUCUGAGGAGUUGCAGCAGGGCAACACUAUUAUGGAGAAUGAAUUUGUUUGUGCCCUCAAGGGAGCUGAGAGGGAAUCGAUUGAAUUGCAAGAGAAGCUAGAUCAACUCCACGAGGAAAAAGAGAGACUCAUCAACAGCCUAGUGGAGACAGAGUGUCAGAUGAUGCAAUGGGAGAAGAAGAUACAGAUCGCCAAAGAGAUGCGAGCUGCUGUGGACUCUGAGAGUGGGCAGGGUGAAAUCCAGGCCAUGAAGACAGAAAUUCACAGGAUGCAGGUAAGGUAUGACCAGCUGAAAAAACAACAGGAGAAGAUGAUGCGAGAUAUGGAGGCAGCUGUUGCCCGCCGAGAGACCAUUGUGAUUCGUGGCGAGGGACAAAACAAGCUGAAUAAAAACGUACUCACAAAAAGUGACUUCUAUUAUAAGAAGCAGGAGUUGAAGAAAAAAAUCAAAGAGAUCCAGAAGAAUGCCGAGGAUUGCAACAAAAUCAUAAGUCAGCUUGAUGGUACUCAGAAAAAUCUCAGCAAUGUUCUUCUGGAGAAGCAAAAACAGAUUUCCAGCACGAAUGUUGAAAAUGAUGAGCUGGAAAUAAGAAUCGAUCAGCUGCAGGCAAAAAAACUACAGAACCUUUCAGAUAUUGUGGCCAAUCAGGGACGUGUGAAGCACAUGCAGUUAGUGAAGGAAGGGAAGUACCACCCACUGUGCCGCACGGAGCUGAUGAUAAGGAUUGAACGGCAGAAGCUGGAAACCCGACUACAUGCCAUUAACGUUGUCAUCCAUCAAAUCCUGCAGGAGUUUCCUCAGCACUACAAGUUGUUGCAAAGGCUCAGUCAAACCCUGCAUUUCAGGCUGGGUACACAAACAGCAAUGUAGCAGAGGGCAGGGAACCAAAAUGGAAACAUUUUCGUUUUGGAAAUGUUACAAAUAAAAAUAUAUUUGAGAAUGAC